AUGGAUAACCCCGAGGAGCACGAGGCAAAAGCGGAGGAUCUGGCAGCACAGCAACACGAGGCGUACUAUCAGCAGCAGCAGCAGCAUCAACAGCAGCCGCAGCAUCAGCACUACGGCCAUGACGCUCACUCGUACGAUCACCAGCAGUACCACCAGCAGUACCAGCAGCAGCAGCAGCAUGCUCAAGCGGCGCAGGCGCACUAUUAUGGGUACGACGCGAGUCACGCGCAGCAUCACGCGCCCCCCCAUUACCCCCACCACCAACCCCCUCACCACGCUUACGCUUAUCCUCCCCAACCCUACCCUCCCUCCGCCUACAACCCACCAAAUCCCUACCAGCCACCCCCCCAGCCCGCCUAUCCGCCCGCUCAGGACUCCGCCUUCCCCGCAAAUUCCCCGCUCGCCGCCUUCUUCGAUCCGCGCGAGCCUCCGCCAGCCGCGGUGGCGGCCCCGGCGAGCGAGGAGGUGCGCGGGCGCGUGGAGAAGGCCGUCGAGUACGCCGCGAAGAACGGGCCGCAGUUCGAGGCGCUCAUGCGCGACAAGCAGCGCGGCCAACCCGCGUACGCCUUCCUAGAGCCGGGCGGGGAGGGCGCGGACUACUAUCGCUUCCGCCUCUGGUGCGCACUCUCUGGCGCGGGGGGCGCGGAUGCUGCUGCUUGGACGGAGGGGAAGAGUGCACCUGAUGGGCAGGCGGAGCAAGCCGUGGGGAAGCAGGGGGAGGCAGACGGGGAGCGGGGCAGCGCGGAAACAAAGGUAGAGGGGGAGCACGAGGGGGAGAAACAAGCAGAAGAGGAGGCGCCGGGCGCGGAGCACGCGCAGACCAACUCUGAAGCCCCUCCUGCGGCCCCUCUUUCCGCCAAUUUCACCCCUCCCCUUCCCCCGGAGCCCCCGCAGCCCCCCACGGCCCCCCCCGCGACAGACCCAGCGGACGUGGCGCUGCAGGCGGCGGUGGCGGCGGCGGGGCUGCCAGCGGACGUGGGGGGCGAGGCGGUGGCGCUGCUGGCGGGGCUGAGCGGCACCAAGGAGGCGAUCAAAGGCGGCAAGGCGUGGGUGGCGUGGCGCGCCGCCAUGGGGUGGGCGCCCCACAUCGCGUGGGUGCUGAGGGAGCGCAUGGCGGCGCUGGCAGGGCAGCCUGAGCGGCAGCUGCAUGUGAUCUACCUCGUCAACGACGUGCUCUUCAACAGUCUACAGCAGAGGCCACAGCCGGGGGCGGUGGACGCGGUGGCAGCAGCGCUGCAGCCGUGUUUGGGCUUCAUGCUGGCGGCGCUGUUCCACGGGGGGGGCGACGCGCAGAGCAGCAACCAGGAGCGCCUGGGGAAGAUCCUGGCGUUCUGGGCCAGCAAGGAGGUGUACCCGGGGGAGGCCAUGGCGCACCUGGGCGCGCUCAUGCGCCUGCCGCCCCACCAGCACCCCCCCAUGCCGCCCCCCCUACCACCUGCUGCACCUGCUAUGGACUACCACGCUGCAGGCGAGUGGAACGGAGUGUGCGUGCUGUAA